UUUCGACAGAAUUUGAAGUCGGACGACGACAGGAUGGACGUCGCGCGGUUCGUCGACGAGCUGAAUGCAACAUGCGUGCGUCCAAUCCAGGCGCAACUGAUGAAGCAAAGCAAAGAAGAAGGAGUCUUGUACACAUUGGAGAUGGAGGAAUCUCUAGACCGCCUCGAGGCAAGCACCGGGGAUGUCGUGCAACCGACUUGCAACCUUCCAUCUAUGGACACGACGUGGACAGACUGUGCAGAUAUCCUCGUGCGAAUCGCCAUGAGAUAUCAAUAUGGGAAUUUGACGUCUUCAUGUCCGUCAAGUAGCAUCGACCUUAUUGCCUUGCCAGUGUUCCGCAUCGUGCACAUUCUCGUAGCUCUGUACGAAGACAUUGCGAUGCCGUCGUCGUCGUCGUCUACAACUGCCAUCGACGGGUGGGCUGCAUCUAUGACGCAUGCAUGUACCUUCUACCUUUGCACAAGAUCGUCCACGUUGCCGUCGACUCACGAAAGCCGAGCGGCUGCACAACGCAUCAUUGAAAUGGUCCACCGGCGAUUGCGUCCGCGUGAAUCCGCCACGACCAUGACAAAUGCGGUCGACAUUUUUCCACGCCUGCUCCCCCGCAUCCUCUCGCUCUUCGCGUCCAAGUCGUCCAAGGAAGAAUGGGUAGUCACAGGUGCUGCUGCACCUCAUGCGUUUGCGUGGUUCAUUCUGCAAAUACCUUUUCCCCACUUUACCAGCGACAUCGUCGGGCGCGUUCUCGCUCUGGCGCUUCCUCUCCUCGACCAAGUCACGGCAUCCACCCAACUCGUCGGUCUGUCCGUUCUCCACCACAUCAUUCGUCAUGCAACUACCACGGAUAUCCGAUGGUACUCGGACUUGCUCGUUCACGAGAUGGAGCAGACGCUCACAACUGCGUCAACUUCCGCGUCAUUCUUGGACGCAGCGCUUGCCUGCCUUGCCGACCUCUUGGCCGUCCUCAGUACUGGCCCGCGCGACAUCUCUCUGUACGAUCGCUUCUUUCCAUCGUUGCUUCGACAAUGGGAUAUGGCGCUCGAAGUAUCUGUGAAAACGAUCUUCACCAAGCACAUUCGGGUGUGGGUGCAGAGGACGGGCGCGCCGCAUAGCCUUCACGUGCUGCGGUUCCUCCAGGCGCUGCUCAAGGUCACCCUUGGCUGCGUCGAGAAUGUCGAGGCCACCAUGUGUAUGGAAGCAUUGGAGACGCUGCAUGCGAUCGUCAUGGCGGCAUGGAUUCGUAUGCCAGCGCAUGUGGAAGAAGUGACAGUCUCCAUCCUCAAAUGUUUGGCGUACAACGAACUCCAGCGACAAGUGCCACUGCCCAACGUCGACCCUCUCGAGAAAGCGCAGCACUUCGAGAACGUCACUGCAAAGUGCCACGUCAUCUUGUACUUGCUCGAACAAGUCUCGCCGGCCGACGAUGGAAGGUCGACCGUGCGCGCCGUUCUUCACCAUGUCGAGGAAGGAUGUUCGUCGCUUGCGCCGCUCUGUGCAGGUGCCCGACAGUACUUGAACGACCAAAAACCAUCGGCAAUUCCCUGACGACGACUGAUGUCGAAGAAGAGGCUUGGACUGCAUGCAACUACCCCACCUACCUCGAACUUGUGCCCGCCGCCACAACGACCACGACGGUCCAAGUGCCGACCCGUGGAGGUGCUUGUGAAUUAUCUGUAGCACACCAGCAAUGUACAGAAUGAACGAGAAUUGUAGUGCGCUA